ACAUGUUCCUCUCUUUGAAGCUUACUUUGACAAAAUCAAGCGUCUAUAGAAAAAUAUGAUUCCCGUUGCGACAGCAGUCGUAGCCGACGCUGUAAAGAAAAAAGGAUCGUUAAAGAAUUUGGUGUUCUCAUCAAAGUUUAAGAAUAAGAAAGCUUUGUAUGCUCUGACCUGUGAGACAUUAAGGUACAGGAAACCUCUUUUAGAAAUAGCGGCAGAAUGUGGUGUGUUAAAGGAUAAGAGACUGAGAAAUGAUGAUAACCUUGCAGCAGUUCUCAUGUAUGAGCAUUUACUGGGAAAGGGUGUUUCUGGAAAAUACAAGGUCAUGCUUCAUAAGUAUAAAAAUGCCAUACACAGCAGGUGUGAGAGGAUAAAAAUAGAACAAGGAGUGACAGAUCUGAAGCAAGCACUUCAGAAACUGCUGCCAUCUCAUGUAGCAGAUAAACCACUACCAAAAUAUGUAAGGAUCAACACAAUACUGGGCAGAAAAGAAUAUGUGAUGGGAGAACUACAAAAACAGUUCGAGUUGAGAGAACAUUUAAGGUCGGUCAGCAUGACAGAAUGUGACAGCGGAGACUGGUUUAUAGAGGAUGAACAUAUACCCAACUUGUUGAUGCUUCCCUCCUCUACACAGCUUCAUAAUCAUCCAUUGUACUUGUCUGGUAAAGUUAUUAUCCAGGACAAGGCUAGCUGUUUCCCAGCAUAUAUACUAAAUCCUCCAAGUGGUUCCACAGUGAUAGAUUGUUGUGCUGCGCCGGGAAACAAAACAACACAUCUGGCAGCUAUUAUGGGGAAUAAUGGAACAAUAUAUGCCUUUGACAAGGAUCCAAAGAGGUUGUCAACGCUGAAGACGCUUGUAGCAAAGGCUGGGGCUACUUGUGUACAAGCUGGAUGUAGAGACUUCUUGUCUGUUAGUCCGCUAGACAAGAUGUAUGAAAAUGUGGAGUAUAUAUUGGUGGAUCCUUCAUGUAGCGGAUCAGGAAUGGUUAACAGGCAGCAACAGUUUACAGAUGAAAAGGAAUCAUGUACCUCUGAGAGGUUGCAACAACUGUCCAAGUUUCAGAUAUCCAUUCUAAAACAUGCACUUAAUUUUCCACGUGUUAAAAAGGUCGUUUAUUCAACAUGCUCCAUUCAUGAUGAAGAAAAUGAAAUGGUUGUUGAGGAAGUGUAUUCACAGUUUUGUGAUAAAUUUGAGAUAGAAAGUGUAAUGCCAGCAUGGAAAUAUAGAGGAAAGAAGAUAUAUAAACAUGGAAGUCAGUGUUUACGAAUGUCUUACGAAGAUUGCCAAACUAACGGGUUUUUUGUUGCAAGUUUUAUAAAGAGAAGUAAUGAACUUUUAGUAAAUGAUGUACCUGAACAUUUUAAUAAAAGGAAAGAAAAAAUGAGUAAAGGUGAAAAGGAUUCGUCAUAUUUAAGUACAGAAAGUAAAGGUAUUGCUGAAAAGAUAUUGAAGAAAAACAGGCAAAGAGUAUGUGUUCGAAAUAAUGGCUUUUUGCGUAAACAUUCUGAUAUCACAGAAAAAAACAAAACAGUAAGGGCAACAACUAGAUGGACUGUGAUGAAGUAGGGUAUUUGAAUCAGUAUCUUAUGUAUAACGUAUAAUUUUUGUGCCACACCCCCCUCCCCCCAAAAAAUAUUUUUAUGCCCCCGGCAUCUACUGAUGCGGGAGGCAUAUAGUGAUUGUCCUGUCCGUCCAUUCGUUUGUUCGUUCAUUCGUUCGUCUAUCGGUUCGAGGUUAACCAAAUGGGACCGUUUCGUCUAGCAUCAAGAAUGCGUACAAGAAUGAAUUGAUACUAAUACAGAUGUAACCUGUGACCAUUCCUCAUCUUCAAACAUCACCUGACCUCAGUUUGACUUUGACCUUUACCUCGUUUUGGACUAUGGUUGCUUUGUAUCGGCCACCUCUUGGUUAACCAAAUAGAACCAUUUAGUCUAGAAUCAGUACCCCUUACUAGAAUGAAUUGAUACUAAUGCAGAUGUAACCUGUGACCAUUCCUCAUCUUCAAACAUCACCUGACCUGACCUCAGUUUGACCUUGACCUCAUUUUAGCCUUAGAGUUACCUGAACCAUAAGGUGCAAAAUUUAUCGACAAGGAUGCCACUGGGGGCAUCAAACGUUUAUUAAACGCAGCUCCUUAUUUUCUUUUGAGGGGUGGGGGAGGCAUUUAUAUUUUGCCUUGUCUGUAUGUGUAACUGUCACUCUGUCCGAUUUUUUGUCAUGAAUACCGCAAGAAGUAUUUGACCUAAAGGUAUCAAAUAUCAUAGGAUUGUUAUUCAGUAUGUGAAGUUGUGCACCUGGGGUUUGUUUGAGAUUUCACUCAGUAAAACUAGUGUUAUGGCUCCUGACAGUAAAAAAGUAUGUAAAGGCAUAAAUGUUUGUCUCGCAUAUAUUUCUGAAAGUAUUUGAUCUGGAGUCACCUGGGUACUUUCUUGGAUAUCACUCUGUCAGACCAAAGUUGUGACCCUUGACUUAGAAAAAAAUAUGCAUAAAGACUAAAAAAGUUAAGGUUGCAUGAAUCACAAAAAUAGGGCUGGGACGAUUACUCGGAUCUGAUUCGAUUACUAGGUGUAACCGGUUUCAAUUUUGCAAAACCGCUAAUUGCUCUUGAACAAUAAACACCACGAAUCAUAAUUUAUCUUAGGAGUAAAAAAAUUGUUUCCGGUAUCCCGACCUACCCUAAAUUUUUGGCCCGACCCUAAAUGUUUUUAUGGCCUUGGAGAAUAUUCUUUUUAACUUUUUAACGAAAAAAUUGCAAAACUGCACUUUUUAUGCUUUAAACAUGCUCAGUGAUGUUAAAAAUCAACUUACUGAUGCUCUAAAGGCAUAACCCUUUUGUUUGUAUUCAUUUUUUGACACAAAAAUAUUUUCUGAAUAGUCUCCCUUAAUAAAAAAAAAAAAUAAAAAAAAAAAAAAAAAAUUCCAACCUACCUACCCUAAUUUAUUUUAGCAUGUUAGGCCUUAUUAAUAUACAUUUUUUUGACUAGCACAUAGACCCACAGUAUAUUUCCGCUAAAACACAUUUAACAUAGUCAAUAGACAGUAAUUUGCCUGUCGUGAUAUGUUUACCGUAAAACAAAAUACACCAAAAUAUGAAUUAUUUAUUAUCACACUGCUUGCAAACGAUAAAGUCCAUAAGUUCCUAAUGUAAUCAGCUGCUGGACGUACCUACAGUCGUCAGGAAAGAAAACAGCAUUUUCAAUACGGCGGCUGAUUAACCGGUUCGGUUCGAUUUCAAACAAAUGAUUAACCGGUUUCAAAAUUUUGAAAUCGUCCCCGCCCUACUCAAAAAGUAUUUGACCUCGAGUCAUGAAACAUUAGAGGAUUGUUUGAAGUUGUGCACCUGGGGUUUUGUUUGGUAUUUCACUCCAAAAGACCAGAGGUAUGGCCCUUGACUUAGUCAAAAAGAUGCCUUAAAGAGAAUUCCUAUAGUUUUUAUGCCCCCAGCAUCUACUGGCAUAUUCCUUUCAUAGAUUUUUUUUGUGAUCGCUCUGUGUCAGUCGCCGUCGGUGUCAGCUGCGGCGGCGUCGUCUUCAACAAUUUCACUGUUAACACUCUAGAGGUCACAGUUUUGGCCCAAUCUUAAUGAAACUUGGUCAGAAUGUUAUGUUUGACUAGUUCGAUAUUGGGUCAUCUGGGGUCACAAUUUAGGUCACCAGGUCAAAUCAGAGGAAAAGUUAACACUCUAGAGGUGAAAAUUUUGGCCCAAUCUUAAUGAAACUUGGUAAGAAUGAUACCCGCAAUAAAAUCUUAGACAAGUACGAUAUUGGGUCAUCUGGGGUCAAAAACUAGGUCACCAGGACAAAUCAAAGGAAAAGCUUGUUAACACUCUAGAGGUCACAAUUUUGGCCCAAUCUUAAUGAAACUUGGUCAGAAUGUUACCCUUAAUAAAAUCUUGGACAAGAUCUAUAUUGGGUCAUGUAGGGUCAAAAACUAGGUCACCAGGUUAAAUCAAAGGAAAAGCUAGUUAACACUGUAGAGGUCACAUUUAUGACUAUAUCUUCAUGAAACUUCAUCAGAAUGUUAAUCUUGAUGAUCUAAAGAUCAGACUUAAAUCUGGGUCAGGUGGGGUGAAAAACUAGGUCACUAGGUGAAAUCAAAGGAAAAGCUUGUUAACACUCUAGAGGCCACAUUUAUGACUGUAUCUUUAUGAAACUUAGUCAGAAUGUUAAUCUUGAUGAUCUUUAGGUCAGGUUCAAGUCUGGGUCAUGUGGGGUCAAAGACAAGGUCACCAGGUCAAAUCAAAGGCAAAGCUAGUUAACACUCCAGAGGCCACAUUUAUGACCAUAUCGUAAUGAAACUUGGUCAGAAUGUUAAACUUGAUGAUCUUUAGGUCAAAUUUUAAUGGGGUGAAAAACUAGGUCACUAGGUCAAAUCAAAGGAAAAGCUUGUUAACACUCUAGAGGCCACAUUUAUGACUUACCUUCAUGAUACUUAGUUAGAUUGUUAAUCUUGAUGAUCUUUAGGUCAAGUUUGAAUCUGGGUCAUGUGGGGUCAGAAACUAGGUCACAGAGUCAAAUCAAAGGAAAAGCUAGUUAACACUUUAGAGGCCACAUUUAUGAUCAUUAUCUUGAUGAAACUUGGUCAGAAUGUUAAUCUUUGUGAUCUUUAGGUCAAUAGGUCAGGUGAGCGAUACAGGACCUUCAUGGCCCUCUUGUUUCAAAUUCACAAAGUACCCAUAGUGAAGAAUAUUUUUUUAAAUUUUGAAAAAACUGUUUCAUAGAUUUGUUUCUUGUUUUUCUUGUGUAUAAAUAAUUGUAUUGUGAACAUAAAAAGGGCUAAAAAUGUAUUGGUCACCAGGCUAAAUUUUAUGUAAAGACCGCUUGAAUACAACACCUGUUCGAACGAAAAAUGGUGCAAACCUGACCAAAUUGAUUACAUGUAUAUCUGCUAGAAGUUUAAAAAAGUUUAAAAUAUACUUAAUUCUUUCUAUAAUUGAAUAAUAAAUAAGCUGAAAAGAGAUAUUGUCUUAGCAAUACAAAGUUGAUUGUCUAACAUUAUAUGAACAACACUGUCUUUGUGCUAAAAUGCGCUGUCAAAACACAGCCACAAAAUGGCAAGAUACAUGUCAGACAUGAUUCAUGUCAAUACAACAUAAACCAGUAUAAAUAUUGGAUUACUGAUAAAACUUAUAAAAAAAGUUAUUUUUACAAGAUUCCUUAUAUUUAAGACUGUCUGUCACAUGUUUCAACAAAUGUUGACUUCACUUCAAUUUUCCAUAGAUAAUGUUGGCUGCACAGAAAGAUGCGCAUAAAAAACUACAUGUAUAGGAAUUCCCUUUAAAGGCCUAAAAGGUUAUGACGCAUGUAUCUAAAAAAAACUUGAUAGAAAUUGUGUUCAGCAUAUAAAGUUGUGCACCUGGGGUUUUAUUAACUUGUCUGAUUUUUUAAAAGAAUCUAUGAUAUAUUGUCGUGACAUUGGUUAAAUUUUUUGUUUUAAGGUCCACCUUUUCUCAAAAACUGUAAGAGCUACAGCAUUAAAACUUUGCACACUAAGUCUUGUUUGUUAUCAAUAGGGACUAUGUAGACAAAGAAACAAAGAAGCAUAACUCUGAUAUGCAUAUUGUCAGAAUUAUGGCUCUUUUUGUACUUAAAAAAUUUGAGUUUCUUGGUUAAAAUUUUUGUUUAGGUCCACCUUCUCUCAAAAACAGCUUUGACACUUUGCACACUUGUUUAUCAUCAUUAGAUGAGUAUGUAGGUUGUGAACCAUAAUUUUGAUUUCCAUUUUGUCAGAAAUAUGGCCCUUUUUGUAAUUAGAAAAUCUGAACUAAAACUCUUUUCUUACAUAUUGUCCAGCACUUUUUGAGGAGCUAUGGCACCAAUGGGCGGUGCUUUUGUUUGGGAUUUGUCCCCCUUUCCCCAUCCUACCCUCCCACCCCUAUUCCAAACAAAGAAGAAAUAAAGUUUAAGUUUUUUUAUUAUGCCUCCAAAGGUGGGCAAGACCGAGACCCCUAGCUCCAAAGUCAAGGUCACACUUAGAGGUCAAAGGUUAACAUGGUCUGUUUUAUGUCCAGUCCAUAACUCUGCCAUCCAUGAAGCGGUUUUGAAAUAACUUGGCAUAAAUGUUUACCAUAAUGAGACAACAUGUCAUGUGCAAGACCCAGACCCCUAGCUCCAAGGUCAAGGUCAAACUUAAAAGUCAAAGGUUAACAGGGUAUGUUUCGUGUCUGGUCCAUACCUCUGCCAUUCAGCAUGGUAUUUUGAAAUUACUUGGCAUAAAAUUUAAUGUUCCUCAUAAUGAGACGACGUGCCAUGUGCAAGAUCCAGACCCCUAGCUCUAAGGUCAAGGUCACACUUAGAGGUUAUUGGUUAACAUGAUCUGUUUCUUGUCCAGUCCAUAACUCUGCCAUUGAUCAAGGGAUUUUGAAAUUACUUGGCAUUAAUGUUCCCUAUAAUGAGAUGAGAUGUCAUGCACAAGACCCAGACCCCUAGCUCCAAGGUCAAGGUCACACUUAGAAGUCAAAGGUGUUUCUUGUCUGGUCCAUAACUCUGCCAUUUAUCAACGGAUUUGAAAAUAAUUUGACACAAAUGUUAACCAUAUUGAGAAUGUGUGUCAUGCUUAUGACCCAGGCCUCUUAGGUCAAGGUCAAGGUCAUGAAAUGAUGUGUGAUUUUUUUGCACAUACAACUGUAGCAUUCUUGGGCACACUUCGGGGGCAUUUGUCACCAAUAGUGACAGCUCUUGUUUUACUCCCAGUUUCUUUCAUCUUGCGUUCAUGGUUAUCCAUACUACACUCCCUGAAUGACUUGCAACACCAACAAGAGGUAGUAUGAAAGUUUACUAAUAGUGCAUGCAGGUUACAUAUAACCAUUCAGUGAUAGGAAGUAGGGGCACAUAUUUGGUCACAUAUCUAGUUUUCUCAAGUUUGAUUUGAAUUAGACGUGUAAAACAAUUUAUUUCUUUGUUUAUUGUAAAAUAUUGUAAUGAAACUGAAUUUCAACCCGAUUUCCAGAAAUAAGGGAGGAUCUACAUGUAUGUUUUUGUUAACAUGUAAAUAAAUCAAAUGGAUUAUGUAUACAAAACCAAGAUCAGUGAAGAUUUAACUCAGUGAUUGGGUAUGAUAUAUAUUAGGACUUUGUUUCAGUUACUCAUUCUGCCUGAAUAUUGCAUUCUGUUAAUUUCUUUGAAUAAAUUAUUUUCAUGCCAGAUUUUCUUUCUAUUUACACUUGGCUUGUAACAGAAAUUGUGGGCUUAUCUGGAAUCUGAAUAUAUUUUUUGGUGUAUGAAAUUUAAAUUAUAUAUACGUAAUGUGCAUAGCAGUUACAGUACUUGUCCAUUGAAGUGCACUUUUGGAUCUUUGGUGUUACUUUUAACAUACUAGUAACACGCUUAACCUGUUAGCUUGGCUAUUCAUUGAAUAGUGAGAGCUUUUCUACUCACCUGUCAUUGUCUGCAUUACACCUUGGUUAAAGUCAUAUCUCAGUAACCAUUGCACAUAUUGGUUUGAAACUUAGGCAUCAAAGCUACUGAAACAAUCAAGUUAGAUAAUUCCUGGUUGAAUUGAAUACAAAUUAUGGCCUUUUUUUUACUUAGACCAUUUGGUUAAAGGUUUAGCAUGCAACUAACAAGCUGUAGAUCAGUAACAACUACAUGUAUUAGAUAACUCUUGGUCGAAUUCAAUACAAAUCAUGGCCAUUUUUCAACUAAGAAAAUUGAUUAAAGUUUUGUGUGCAGUUAACUAUCAAGCUGUAUUUCAGUAACAACAACAUGUAUUGUAUUGAUUCCCAGUCGUCAAGCUUACUAAGAUACAUGUAAUCAAGUAAGAUAACUCUUCAAUGAAUUUAAAACAAAUAAUGGCCUUCUACUUGGAAAAUUCCAUUAAAGAUAUCCAUGCAACUCUCAAGUGUCUCUGAGGAACAACUACAUGUGAUGCUUUGAAAUUUCAUACAAUGCUUUCCAGUCAUCAAGCUUACUGAAAUAAUCAGGCUGGAUAAAUCUAGGUUGUAUUCACUUUUUGACUUAGUUCAAGCUUUGCUAUCAAAAAUUAAAUGGUAUUUUAUUGGAUUGAACCAUUAUCGAACUGCGAUACCCAUGUGGAAUCAAAUAUAACUCCCUAAAAUACAUAAACAACAUGCAGACAGUUCAUUUAGUACUCCUGCGUAAAUAUAUCAAUUAAUAAUCUUACCAUCCGCUUGCAUGAAGUUAAAUAUUACCAUGUAUUUACAAGAAAAUAAAAAUAAUACUCUGGAAUUGUUUCUCUCACAAACCCUCUCAGUAUACAGUAUGGCUGUUCAGUAGCACUUGUGUGUAGCAUUCAUUUACACAUGGUCAAUAUUCACAUAAUUUAUGUAAAUAUUACUAAAUUACAAUAGAACCUAAUUGUCAACUAUAAAUGUAUAUUUUAAAAGUAUUUUCGAAAGAAAUGAGUUUUUUGCUAAACAUUCAAAACCUAAUUAGGGGGUUACUUUUCAGCUCAACAGCCUACUUUCGGUAUUGAUGGGGUGCGUGCAUCAGACCGUAUCAGUUAUCUUGUGAGUGUCGGAGAUAAUGAUUUGUUAAUUUAAUACGAUAUCAUGGAAUUUGGCUCUGCAGCCUUGUAACACCUUGUUGAUUUGACGCUAAAUGUCAAACAUUGAUUUUUACAGUUGACAAGUAUAGCGAACAAUUUUUGUAGUAGAAUCUAUUUAAUUAAAAUUGAUUGUUGCCAGAGUUGUAAAUAAACUUCACGUUAAAAUCUCAAAAUGAUGGCCUUAGUUUGCUUAUUUUUGCUGAGGAUAGAUAAAAUGUUUAUCUGUCAGAAAUGCUCAAAAGUUCACCAUGAUCAUUAUCAAAAUUAGUGACGAAUUUGCCAUUAACUUCCUUAACUGUGUGUGUCAAAAUGAUACCUCACCUGUGUAAAUAAAAAACGACUGUUUUUGGCCAGGUUCGAGUGUGCACUUUGUUCAACAUUUAUGUCACACUAAGUAUCAGUCAAGAGAUGUUGAACUAAGAUAAAAUUGUUGUAAACAUGCAACAUUAAAAGUAUUUGCCUGAAAUUUUACAUCCUGUAUCAGUGUACAUGUGAUCAAUAUUGAUCUGAACAGGUAAACAACAAUGACUAAUGAUAACAAACCUAGAUACGAUUUUUAGCCCACCAUCUGCACUCUGCAUCUGUGGUCCAUCGGCCUUCAGUCUGUCCUUCCAUCCGUUAGCAAUUUCUCGUUAUCGCAUCUCCUCAGAAACUACUGAGCGGAUUUUGACCAAACUUUGUCAGAAUGAUGUAUUGGUAUUCUAGUUGUGUCCCCCUGAAAAUCAGACUGGGUUCAACAUUUUUUUAAUGAGUUAUGGCCCUUUGUUUAUUUCGAUUUCUAAUAUAAUUUUAUAUCCAGUGGCCCUCCCAAGUAGUUAAUUGGUUUUUUAUGGCCUUACCUGUUGAAGGGUUUUAAAAUCUGCAGACACUAAUGAGAUAAUGAUUCAAGUUGUCCAUUAUUUUCCUAUUACAACUCAGCAGUGAAUGGACUACCCUAGUAGAUUGAUGAUUAAUUUGUUUAGUACUGAAAUUUCUGGGUUUGGUUAUUAGUUAUGAUAAGUAAUUAUGUGUGCAUUCUUUGUUUCCAUAAUAAGAAAAGAAUAAUAACUGCAUAUAACGCAUUAAUGAUGUCAUCUCUCUUGUUUAGGGUAUGGGUUUAAUUAUUAGUUAUAAAAUAAAUAAUUAUAUGUGCAUUCUCUGUUUCCGUAAUAAGAAAAAAAAAUGCAUAUGACUCAUUAUUGUUAACUUUUGUACUAAGUUACUUCCCUUUAAAUUCCAAUAAUUAGCCUAUUUUUAGGAAUUCUAUUUUUAGAUUUUCAAUAUUUUAGGUAUUUUUCUAACUUUUUUAUUAUAAGUCCUAUGUAAAAAGUAAAUACAUUUUCUGCGGUAACAUGUUUUGGUAAGACACUUGUUUUGUAUUAAUUUUUAGUGUAGUAUCUCUAAUAUUAGUCUUGAAAUUUGGAACAUUCAAAAAUGGCUCAAUGGUGGGCACCAAGAUCAUUCUGUGAUCUCUUGUUUUAAACUCCGCCUUAUAUGUAUGAUAAAUGAUUCUGUAUCAGAUAAAAUGCAAUUUUGAUCAGCUACUUUUUCUACGGUAACGGACAUAAAGAAAACUAUUUGACAUCAUAAUAGAAGGGUGUAGAGGUCAGUGAAAAUUUGUGUAGAUUCUAGAUCUAUCUAUUUUUAGCUCACCUAUCACAUAGUGACAAGGUGAGCUUUUGUGAUCACCCUUCAUCCGUCGUCCGUGCGUCAACAAUUUCUUGUCUGCAUGAUAGUGGUUUCAUAUAUGAUUUUAUUUUAACCAAACUUGCACACAACUUGUAUCACCAUAAGGUCUCGGAUCCUUUCUUGAACUGGCCAGAUCCCAUUAUGGGUUCCAGAGUAAUGGCCCCUGAAAGGGCCAAAAUUAGCUAUUUUGACCUUGUCUGCACAAUAGCAGCUUUAUUUAUGAUUUGAUUUUUACCAAACUGGCUCACAACUUAUAUCACCAUAAGAUCUUGGUUCCUUUCUUGAACUGGCCAGAUUCCAUUAUGGGUUCCAGAGUUAUGGUCCCUGAAAGGGCCAAAAUUAGCUAUUUUGAAAUUUCAUUAUUGUCAUUAGUUGGACUGAGCCAAUCAGGGUAGAUAACUAUGGACUGAUUUUAUGUCAAAUUACCUCCCUUUAUUUCAAAUUAAAAUGGGUAUAUCUCCAUAACUAAUGAAGAUACUGAUCUGAAAUUUCAUUUAUGUCAACAGAUUUAUUUGGCAGAUCCUUCUUUUGUUCACUUACAAUAAUUUGUACCUUGUAAGAAUCACUUUUUUCUUUUUGGUUAAAUUUCUUCCCUUUGUUGUUCCUGUCCUUUGGACUUAGAUAUUUUUUCUGAGGACCUUCGUGUCCUCAAGUGCAAUGAUAACAGGUGAGUGAUAUAGGGCCAUCAUGGCCCUCUUGUUUUUCGAUAUAAGCCAUCCGCGCAGUCUGGUCAGGAUCCAUGCUGUUCGCUUUCAAAGCCUUUUAGAAUUACAGAAACUGUUAGCGAACAGCAUGGAUCCUGACCAGACUGCGCAUAUGUGCAGGCUGGUCUGGAUCCAUGCUGGUCGCAAACCCACUAUGUUGGUUUUCUCAUUGCAUGGCUCAGUUAUAUGUACUAUUGUGAUAGAUCUGCAUAAAAUCAAUCAAACUGUUUGUAAUGCCAUUGAUGAUUUUUAUAAACUUUAAGAUUUAUCAGAAUGUGUCAAGGCAAAUAUCGUAGAGCACUGUACCUCAAUCAGUUACAUGUACUAAAUACUGAAUUAACACUACAUGUAUAUUCCAUACAGUUAAGUUAUAAUAAAAUCGAAAUCACUUUU